GUCCUUCUGCUCCUCGCGGCGAAGGAUCGUAAUGUAAGAGAAUUUUGGUUCUAUCUUAAUAUUUUUCUUCUGCAAUUUGAUGUUGCAUCUCCAUCUCGUCUUCAAGCUUGAGCUGGAGCUCAUCUCAGCAACGUGUUCAUUCCAAAACUGAAGAUCGAACAAGAACAAUCUCAGAGAUGCAUCCCUACGCGGACGACCUUUCUGUACUCGACUUUAAUUUCAAUUAUUCGGAUCCGAUUUUCAACCCUUAUGCAUAUCGUCGCUCUUAUUUGACAAGUUCCUCGCCUUCACUUUAUGAUGUUGAGGAUGAUUAUGAUCUUCUGGGUCAUGGAAGGAGCAAUCCUGAUGAGAAAAAGCCGGUUAUGAAAAAUCCAAGUCCGCCCAAGCAUCGCCAUGAUGGCACGUCGCCUCUGCCUUUGGGCAUGGAUUGGAGCCUCCCUCCGCGGAAAUGGGAUGGACGGAAUUCUGUUUGGCCUAAUAAUCCUCACGGGGAUUGGAGUUAUUGCGUGACAGUUCCUUCGUGGGUUGUCCAGCCGGAAUCAAGAGGUUCUGAUUCUGUUGUGUUUUACAGGGUUCAAGUUGGCAUACAAUCCCCAGAAGGAAUCACCACUGCCCGAGUAAUCUUUCGCAGAUUUAGUGAUUUUCUGAAGCUAUUUUCAGAACUGAAAAAAGAAUUUCCCAUGAAAAAUUUCCCCCCAGCUCCACCAAAGAAGUUAUUGAAAGUUAAAAGCCAGAAACUGUUGGAAGAGCGAAGGUGUUUAUUAGAGGACUGGAUGGAAAAACUGUUAUCAGACAUUGAUGUAUCACGAAGUGCCCCAGCAGCAAUAUUCCUUGAACUAGAAGCUGCUGCUCGAUUGGCAUUCCAUAAUUCACGGCAGACGUCAGAUGAAACUUCAGUCAGUGGUGUUACACAUGUUCUCCAAGACGACCCUUCCGCAUCUGUUGCAUCAGAUUCUGGUAAUGAUACUUCUUAUGAAGCAUCUGAGCUUGGAACACCAAGGCAUGGAAAAGAUGGAUAUUCUGAUCUAAGCAUGGACAAUUCAAUACUGGAACAUGACUCCAUAAAUUUAGCAAGAACAACUGUUGCGCGUGCUGAAUCCAACAAAGAGUUUAUUGAUGAGGAUACAUCAAAAUUUUCCCUGGACAACAUGCCACCUGACACCAGUGCUAUAGACAAAGUCACUGAGAAAACUGCUGAUAUGCAAGUUCUCCGCUUAGAUGGAACUGAGUUUAUUCCCAAAAUACAAGAUAAGAUGGACGGCCAUGUUAAGAGAUUGUCAACGGACAGCAUUGGAAGUGACUUAAGUUCUAUAAGGAAUAGUGAAGCAUCAAAUCUAAGCAUGGAUUUGUUGGUGACUCUUCCAUCUGAUGGGCGACAAAAGUUAAACAGAAUUCUUGUUACCCUGCAGCAGAGACUGACAACAGCAAAAACAGAUGUGGAGGAUCUUCUAGCAAGAUUAAAUCAAGAAAUGACUGCUAGACAAUUUCUCAUAACAAAGGUUAAAGAUUUGGAAGUUGAACUUGAAACAACUCAGCUGAACUGUAGAGAAAAUAUGCACCAGGCUGUUCUAGCUGAAAGGGAAAGGUUUACACAAAUGCAGUGGGAUAUUGAGGAACUUAGGCGGAAGUGCCUGGAUAUGGAAAUCAAAUGGAAGUCUGAACAGGAUGGAAGACUGCAAAUGGAGUCAGUGAAAGCAUCUGUCAUUAAGGAAAACGAGAUGUUGCAGCAAGAGCUUGAUGUUGCUAGAGAACAACUUGAGAACUUGCAGAAGCGUCAUGAAGAGCUUGAGAUGAAGUCAAAGACAGAUGUCAAAGUGCUGAUAAAGGAGGUCAAAUCCCUUAGAAGUUCUCAGUCAGAAUUGAAGCAGCAACUCAGCGAAAUGGUGAAGGAAAAAUUAGAGGCAGAGAGAAGUCUCCAUAAAGAAAGGCAAAGAUUGAAACUUUCAUCUGAAGCCAAUGCAAAGCUGCUGCGUGAGUGUGGAAUUCUUCAACAGAGGCUUCAGGAGUGCAGUGUUAACUUCCUUGUUGAGGAGGAAGAUAAACUAAUUGUUGAUACUUCUCCAUCUGAUGCUUUGGAUUUAUUAGCAAUGUCAGAUAAUCGAAUUGGCCUCCUACUUGCUGAGGCACAACUCUUAGCACAGGAUGUAGAAAAUGCUGCUGAGGCUGUAAAUGGGACACGCAGUACAAGUUCAGGUGAUAUAGUGACAACUGAUGAUGAGCUGAGGAAACUGCUGGCACAUGUGUUUGUAGACAAUGCCAGUUUAAGGAAACAGAUUAAUUUAGUACUUCGUCUAGCUCUAAAUGCUACUGCCAAAUCUGAGGACGAAGAGGAAGAGGAUGAGGAAGAGGAAAUUAACUUGAGAAAAACUGUUUUAAGCCAGUUCUUGGAGAAAUGAAGUAGUUGAGUCUGCAUGUAUGCUAAUAAAUUAAUUGGUGAGUUCUUUAUUAUUUUUUUAUUUAUUUAUUUUUCAUAGUAGCCCCUCGUGUAAAUUUUUUUCCUUUUUCUUGGGCCAUCCUUUGUAUAAGUUCUAGGAAAAAAAGAAAAAAAGAG